AUGUAUCAAAGUUGGCGAGAAGAGGAUUUAGAAGCGGCGAUGACGUCAUCAAGUGGUUAUCCACGAGAUUUUUUUGGGACAGACGCGUUAUGGGAUACUGGAAGUUUCGGAAUAAAACGUGCGACUAAAGGUCCCGCUCCAAAGAAGCCACGCACUGAGUUCCAUCCAGUUACAAAGAAUGCUCUGAAAACCAUCACCAGGCAAAAAAUGUAUCAAAAUUGGCGAGAAAAGGAUUCAGAAGCGUUGAUGACGUCAUCAAGCCGUUAUCCACCAGAUUUUGAAGUAGCCAAAAUGACUCAUGGACAGCUUUCUCGUCGGCUACAAACUACAAUUCAGAUGUUCCCAAUUUCAAACAGAAUCCAGCUCCAUAUUAGCAGGAUUCUUCGGAACAGAAGAUCCCAUUCCGACCCACUAAUUCAAUGCCAUGUGGUACGGAACGUAUCUCUGAAAUACUUGAAGAAGCUAGAAGGGAACUCAUGGUUUCUAAUGAAACAGUGGGUCAGGGAUACAAACAGUCAGCCAGAUCAGGAUUUUUUAGAUAACAAGAAACAUCUGAAAUGGGAUCACCUGGCAGUGAAACGAGAUUUGUUGGGACACUUCCUGAUGAUGUGUCGAGUACGAAGGCUAAGAAGAAAGGCAACAAAACAGAGACUUUGCGACGCGGUUGUGAAAGAAAUGGAAAUCCACGAAAUUUCUCAAAGCAUUCUUGGCAGGCGAGUGGUCAAUCGAAGUCAGGGAACUUUAUCGGUGAUAUUGAACAAACCGGAGCCAUGGUCCUUCAUCGGUCCAGGACGUCAGGCGUUUGUUCGUCUUUACAAUUGGAUCAAUUUACCGGAGAAAAAACGACUGGAGAUUGUGGAUAAGAAUACUAUUUGGGAUGUUCCGGAGAAGAAGGAGAAUAAGUGUGAUAAUAGAAAAAGAAAAUCCACCGACGAGCCCUCUACUACAAAACGAGCCCGAACCGAGUUCACAAAUGUGCAAAGGCAGGUACUUGAAGCUCUUUACGAACAGACGGAUCGCCCGACUGCCGAUGAAAUCCAGACGAUUGCUGAAAAACUGGAUCUAGACGAGACUACUGUAUCAAACUAUUUCCAAAACACCCGCACUCGGAACAAGGCAAAAGCUGUUGAAUGUGAAAAUCGAAAAAUGAAAAUAAUUGUAAAACUGAAAAUAUUUCGAAAUUGGCAAGGAGACGAUUCUAGAGUGAUGACGUCAUCAAAUGCGUUUCCCGUAUACAUGAAUCGAAUUAAUUGCAGCUUAUGGAACACUGGAAGUUCUGAAAUAACACCCAUCAGCAGUUUCACAACUCCAUAUGUUCCAAUACCAGUCCAGUACCCCAAUAACAACGGAAUACUGUACCUGAACCAGUAUGUCCCAUGGAGUGCACAUGGAAUGGAUACGGAAAAAUAUUUCAACGAAAAUUUAGAGAUCUACAAGAAGCCGACUACACUGAAAAAUAAGUCAGUAGUUCCUGCAUCCACUCGAUUCCAAUCCACCAAUAGUCCUGAUAGUUUCUGGUAUUCCAACCCUUACGAAGCUUGGAAUGAUAAUCCGAUAAUCGUGGAACCAACUGAACCCGUGGACAUUAGCAUUCAUCAAUCAGACAAGCCAAUACCCGAAAAUAUAGAUACAGAAGUUCUGAGGAAAAAUAACUCCAUUGACCAUAUUACGAAUGAACUAGAUGCACCAUUAUCCGGAAGUAUGGAUUCAAAAGAAUUAUCGGAGAAGCUUAGCCAAGAGAUUCAAAAUUAUGAUAUCUGUCGUCAAAAUUUUGCGAAAAAGGUGUUGAAUAAGGGCCCACAGGUCCUACGUAAAAUGUUGAAGGAUCCGAAACCCUGGAAUAAGCUUCAAUCUGCUCGUGUGAAUAAAAUUCGGAUUUAUAAUUGGUUGAAUUUGCCGUUGAAGAAGAGAUUGGGUAUUUUGGAUAUGAAAUUGGCGAAAAAGAAACAAGAAAAAACAGUUUCUGACAUUCCUGAAACUAGUAAAGUGGACCCAUUUAAUACCCCAUUACCAGAAUAUGUCAAUUUAAACACAAAACAGCUUGCUGAGCGAUUGAUCCAAGAGAUGAACACUCAUAAAAUUUCACGAGCGAAAUUCGCGAAGAAUAUUUUGAAUACCUCUCAAAUGGCUCUAUCCUAUCUGUUGAAUAAGCCAAAGUCUUGGGAAAAAAUCAAGGACCGAUCUGAAAAUUACGUUAGGAUCUAUAAUUGGUUGAAUUUGCCAGUAAAAGCGAGAAUGGAAUAUUUUAAAGAGGAAAAUAAAAAUUGUUCAAGGAAGAGACCAUCCACAUUCGAAACCAAUGAGCCCAAUCCAAAAAGAAAAUGCAUAAAACUCAAUUUCCAAAAAGAAGAGCUCGAUAAGAUUUUUGAAAAAUGUGCCAAUUUGAGUCCUGGAUUAUCUGUGACAAUUUCCAAUUCGUUGGGAUUGAACCUUUCAGAAGUUCAGGACUAUUUCCAGUCGAUUAAAGCUCCAAAUACUGAAUAA